CCUUGGAAACCUCUUCCAGAAUGGCAAGUCAGAAUAUAAAACAGACCGCAGCAAUGCAAUGGUAAUCUUCAAGACGGAUGCCAAGGACUAAACUCCCAAACGUCUUGCAAAAUGCCCGUGUUUUGAAACGCAACUUAUUGCGUGCUACACACUCUUGACGGGACAGAACAUCUCCAACUUACUGCUCUACCAACUGGAGAAGAUGAAGACUUGUAGAUUUUCAAACUGUAUAGUUUUCUUUUUCAUCGCCAGUGGGGCAGGUGCUGUAGUUGUGAACACAACCUCAUCUUCCACGGAUCAGGGGAAUGUCACUAUUGCAAAGGAAUCCCAUGGAGACCAACUGUCGGCAUUUAUACCGAAAUCAAGACGUAAGCGCUAUAUCUCUCAGGGUGAUAUGCUUGCCAUUUUAGAGUACCACAACCAAGUUCGAGCUAACGUCUUUCCACCUGCCGCUAACAUGGAGUACAUGCUUUGGGACGACGGUCUGGCUAGAUCUGCAGAGGCAUGGGCAGCCACCUGUAUUUGGGACCAUGGACCACCGUUUCUGCUGAGGUUUCUGGGGCAAAAUCUCUCAGUGAGAACUGGCAACUACCAGUCCAUUAUCCAACUGGUCAAGCCUUGGUAUGAUGAGGUGAAUGACUAUCUCUUCCCAUAUCCACGAGACUGCAACCCAAGUUGUCCAUUGCGGUGCUAUGGACCCAUGUGCACACAUUACACUCAGAUGGUGUGGGCCACUUCGAACAGAGUUGGCUGUGCUAUCCAAACGUGUUAUAACAUGCUCGUAUGGGGAGCCAUAUGGCGGGAGGCAACCUACCUUGUCUGCAAUUAUUCGCCAAAGGGGAACUGGAUCGGAGAAGCUCCAUACAAAGUUGGGGUGCCCUGCUCCGCUUGCCCUCCAAGCUAUGGGGGCUCAUGUAGUAACAACAUGUGCUAUCCAGGAAUGACCUCAAACUACCUUUACUGGUUCAAGUAAGAGACGAUGAACAAGAAAAAUUGUAAAAAUUAUUUAAACACUCCUCCUGAUAACCAUCAACAUUUUGGUGUUGACCUGUUUUUCUCUUUGCAGUAUUUUCCCAAUUUCAGUGUUUUACAUUUAUUUGGCAUUGUGCAUGUUGUGUCAUUGUUACCGGGCGAAUAAACCAGUCGCAACGCGAUUGAAGCGACAGAGAAUCGCUUCUAUGCAGCAAGAGCGAUACGUGCGAUAGAAGCGACUAGAGUAUGUCCGUUGAAAGCAGAACGAAAGCAUUCCAACAUUCCCCAUUGGCUGUGUUUCUGUUACUGACCUCUAUACAGUCUAUACAGAGGCUUCAACUACAAACUGUCGCUCUCGUCGCGCAAACCGCCUCUAGUCUCCAGAAUCGCUUUUGUCGCGCAACUCAAUACUAAGUCAAUUACUUCCGCCGCUCGCCUCGCUCAUGUCGCGGCUGGUGUAUUCACCCUGCUAGAGUAAGGGUAACUCAUUACUUUUCGGCUGUAUCUAAGAGGUGCUAACGUGCAUACCGGUAUUACUAUGGUUUGACCAUUUGUAGCAUGAUGAUUUCAUAUCAGGUCUUUUCAGUCAGUGAAUAUUCCUGCCAUUUUUGUUUGGCAUUCAAAAUGUGAUAUCUGUAGGCUAUAAUUUCAGGGUGAUUUGAUGGUGCUCAAAGAAUCACAUACACCAAACAACUAAUGGUCAGAAUGGCUAAAAGGGAAAUUAAAUAUAUGUGUCAUUAAUUGUGCUGAGGUUGCGUGUGUGUGUGUG